GAAAUUUCUCCUAUUGUUUUCUUUAAUUAUUAAUGAAUUAUCAUAUUUACAUCAUUAUUGGGUUGAUAUCACUUUGAUAAUUAUUUAUAAAUUAUCACGAAAAAUUCAGAUUAUAAUUUCACCUCACAGAACUCGAACUAAUGAAACGACAUUUUUGUAAUUAAGAUUCUGCUCAGAAGCAACACUUAGUAUUUCAAGCUUAUACGAUGUAACAACCAUGGACAAUGGAAUAAAUUUUUGGUUGGGGUUUUUAAUCAUCAUUACCUCAUGUUUAACACAAGAAUUAACAACAGCAGAAUAUUUAACACGAAACAUACGAAAUGAAGAACCAACAACCACAGACAGUAGCAUUAAUAAUAGUUCAAUAUCUCACCUAGAAGAACUUAUUGACUUUAAUCAAGUCAUUAAUAAUGAGACACAAAUUAACAAUGGAUCUGAUUACGUGAACGAUAACUUUAUUGAUGAUCAAAUAGCUAUAGAAUCGAGGACCCAAGAAUUAGAAUCAAAAGAUAAAACUUAUAAAAGAGGCUCAGUAAAAUAUAAAACCUUGCCUCCCCCUCUGUCAACUGAGGUAUCAGCAUUGAGUUCAAAUAUUUCACCAGAAAUUGAUUCAGAUAUUUCUAAUUCAACAUUAAAUCCUAGCAGUACCUCGAAAUCAAUAAAAGAAAAUAAAAAUUCAUCACCUAAUCGCAGUGAAUAUAGUCGUUCCUAUGAAAAAUAUACAUCACCAGAAUUUCAAAGCAUAAAUAAUGUGUAUAAAUAUGAAGUGUCGCCAGAAAUUGUACGGUAUACAAGUUCCGAAUUAUAUGAUGAAAUAUCAUCUGAGACUAAAUCGAAUGGGAAAACUUUAAAAUCGAAUAUAUUUACAAGUGAAUUAACGACACCAACUACACUAACAUUCGAUAAUCGCCAUUAUAAUAUCCAAAAAGAAAUUAUUAAUAAUAUUAAAGAAAAUGAUGAUUUGACAACAACAAAUAUGCCAAAUAUUAUUGAAAUAAUUAAACCUCGAGUAAAUAAAACCAUAGAUUACCAAAAUAUUGCAAAUAUUGAACAAUUUGAUUCAAUAAAUGCAGCCUCUCGUCAUAGUAAAUUAAUUAUUGAAAAUAAUACGAGCUUAAAUAUUGAAAGUAAAUAUUUAACAAAUAAAACAUUUAUUGAAACUACGUUGUCUCCAAAAGUGAACGAGUUAGAUUAUUUAACAGUAACAACAAUUAAAAAUCGUGCCCGUUUUUCUGUAAAAACAAUUGAAAAUGAUCAUAAAACCACAACACCUCAAACAGUUACAUCACGACCACGUUUCUCAGUAAAAACAAUUGAAAGCGAUGAAUCAAAUGAAAAGAAUACAAUAAUAAAAAAACCGAUUUGGAAACCACAUUAUUUAUCAACACAAACACCUACAAGUAUUAAUCCAGUUUAUGAAAGUUUACAAAAAAAUACGACAAACAUAACUAAACGUGGAUCAAUCAAAUAUACGGACACUUUAGGAACAACAACAAAUGCGCCUGAAACAACCACCGUAUCCGAUUCGAUUGUUCAAGAAAAUCAACAGCAUUCUGUACGUAUUUUACCACCAGACGAAAACAUUUUUGAUAUACUAAGCACGACUGAAGAUUCAAUAAGUACAACGACAAUUGAUAAUCUUGAAACGACAACAUCGGAAACUUUAUUCGAUGUUGAAAUACUUGAGAAUACAACAAAUGAGUCCGUAACAACUGAUGCAAAUUCAUUUACAGUUGAAAUUGAUCUUACAACCACGGAUAAUCCAUCAACGACAGAAAGUACAACACAAUUUUCAAAUCGAAUAUCAUUAUUAGAAUCAAUUAGUACAACACCAAUAAAUUAUGAAUUUUCAACGGAACUUGAUUUAAGUACAACAACGGAACGAAUUUUAAUGACAACAAUUAAUAAUAAUGAAACAAUUGUAACGACAAAUUUACCAGAUGUUACGACUGAAGCCACUUCGACAGAAACAUCAACGUUUUCACCAGAAGGUUCAACGGUUACAACAAAUAUUAUACCAAUUACAUUGAGUGUAUUGGAAUCGAAUGUUUCGAGUACAAUUGUACCAAAUUCGUAUGUAAUAAAAAAUAAAAGUUUAAGUCAUGAAGAUGAUAAUUUAUCGUUCAUUAAUCAACAAAGUAGCGAAAAUACAAUAAAACCUGGUAAAUCGAAUUAUUUAACGCCAACAAGUGAGGAAGAUGACGAUAUUAAAGUUAAAUUUCCUACGGAAUCGACAACUGCUCAAAGUGUGGUUCAUUCAUCAUCCAUUUUAACAACGAUUAAUUAUAAGAAUAUUGAUGAUAACAUUUUACAUGAAACAAUUAAUAAGAAAUCAAAACCUACAACAUCGUUACCAACCCCGCUAUCUUCUUCAACGGUUUCACAUGUAUUUGAAACAACUACUUUUGGCUAUGAUUAUAAAUAUGGACACAAAACCAGUGAAAAUAAUGUAUAUAAACAUUUUAGUACAGCGGAUGAAAAUAAUAUACAUACAAAUGCGCCGGAUGUUAUUAUAACAUCAACGACAACUGAAAUUCCGGAAAAUACAAUGGAUCCAUUAGAAGAUGAUGAAACAAAUCCCAUAACAAUUAUUGCUAUUAUAAUCAUUACUAUUGCGGCUAUUUGUUUGGUUCUUCUUGCAUUACUUUUGAUAAUUAUGAGAAAACGUCAGAAACGUUUUAAUUAUGGCCAGAGGUGUACUCCGGUUAGUUUAGAUGCAUAUAGUUUGGACAGCGUUUCAGUAUAUAAUAGUGUACGCAGAAAAGGAGCAAUUCGUGCUUCAAAACGAUCAUAUGGAAAUCCAGCUUUUGAGGAUACUGAAAAUAUAUCACAUCCUAUGAAUUUUUCGAAGUUAGCAAAUUUUGCUCAUAAUGAAGAAGGAAUUGCUAAAGAAUAUGAAGAUAUACCAGUGAUAACUGCACAAGCAAGUGAGGUACCGCUGGGAUGUGAAUCGAAAAAUAGAUAUGCUAAUGUUAUACCACUACCUGAAACCAGAGUAUAUUUGACCAAAAUUGAAGGUGAUAUCAAUAGUGAUUAUAUAAAUGCGAAUUUUAUUCGGGGUCCAAAGAAUUCAAAAGCAUUUUACAUUGCAACACAGGCACCUUUAGAAAAUACAAUUGACGAUUUUUGGAGAAUGAUAUGGGAACAACAAAGCAAACUUGUUAUACAAGUUACGGAUUUAUACGAAAAUGGUGUUGAAAAAUGUUUUGAUUAUUUACCACCAUCUGAAGUAUUAGACUGUCAUCGACAAUUUGGUGAUUUUCAAAUCACUUUAAAGAAACGUGAAGUAAAGGAAAAAUUUAUUAUCCAUAGUAUACAAUUGAAGAAUAUGGUAUCAAAUUCCUGGAGAGAAAUAACACAUUUAUGGUAUUUAGGCUGGCCAGAAAGAGGUGUACCAUCCGAAGUUGAUUCAAUAAUAGCAUUUUUAAUUGAAGCAAGAAGUUAUACAAAAACAAAUACUAAUAGUGCUACUGAAAAUGAUGAUGAUAAAGUUAAAGAAUCUGCUAAUGGUUAUUUAAGCAAUGGUGAGCCCAUUAUGGGACCAACACCAAUUGUUGUACAUUGUAGUCCAGGAACUGGACGUACUGGUACAAUUAUUACAUGUGAUAUUUUGAUGCGUGAAUUUGAAUUAACCCGUGUUAUUGAUGUUCCAAAAAUUGUAUAUAGAAUAAGAAGAGAUCGAGCUGGAGCUGUACAAACAAAAGAUCAAUACGCUUACAUUUAUAAGGUGAUUAAUGUAUAUGCAACAAAACUAACCGGUGGUGCAUUAGAUUCCAUUUAAAUGGAUACAAAUUAUUUAAUAAAUAUGAUAUAUAAUAAUUUAUUAUUGUGUAUUCUAGAAAAUUAUAA